CUCUGCAAUAAGUUAUAAUAAUUUAAAAUGGGCAAUGUCGAUUUCGUUUUCUCAAGCUUUCUCAUAAUCCUUGGAUUGCAAGGAGUGCUAGUCAAUUCUGAAAGUAUCAGACGUUCGGUGUGCCUUCUCGAGGAUGCACCAAGUCAAUGUGGCGCAUUCUGUCUGGCUGCACUACAACCGCUCAUUGACGAUAAUUAUCAGAUCAGUACCAGGUUGGAUGGUAUUGAGGGCAGACUAAACCGGACGGAAGAACAACUGCAGUUGCUCCAGGCAAAAAUGGAAGAUCUGCAUCUGGUGCUAAAGGACGGCAUGCAGCUGCUGUCGAAAAUGGCGGCACAAAAAGUACACCCGAGGUUCAAAAAAAUCGGCACUAGGUUCUUUUACAUAGAGUAUCAUAAAAUGGUUACUUGGCCUGUGGCUGCAGGAAUCUGUCGUAGGAUGGGUGGAUAUUUGGCUGCGAUCAAAAACGGAGAGGAACUCGAAGUCAUCUCGGCGGAGCUAAAAACAGAUACUUCUUACUGGCUUGGCAUUAAAGCUCAGACCAAGAAGGGCAACUGGGUAUCGUUGGCCUCCGGCAAGCCCGCGACGCCUUUCAAGCUUGUAAGUCAACCUGGCGAAGAGGAUCACACUAGAUAUUGUAUUGACUUGUAUGAAGAUACAUUUUUUGAAAACGACUGUACAGAACUAUAUUAUUUCAUUUGCCAAGCAGACAACGUAGUAUAGAAAAACAAAUAGCAAUGUUUAUAUACUCUUGUAUCUAUUAUGAAAAUAAAAUACUCUAUAUUUAUACGUACACUAUUAAAAACAAUAAAGCUAUGUUAAUCUUUCCAAUGUC